CUGACUCAUACAGUUACCGAGUUAAUUUUGCUCUCUCCCUCCUCCCCUUUUCCUUUUUCCUCUCUCCAGCUGUCUUACUCUCUCUCCUCCUCUCCUCUUCCUCUCCUCAUUCUCUCAGUUCUCCUCUCUGAUUUUCAUCACUUUGGUCCCUUCCUCUUCUCCCUCUCUCUGUAUUGCUGCACAUCUCUGUUGCUCACUCGCAGACCAACACCAGCUCUCUCUGGGCACCACCACCGGAGAUCCCUAGUGUAACUGUGUUUUGCCAGGUGGACGCACUCCCCACAGUCACCAUUUCCACCCCGGAGAGUUCAACGCUGGCAGCGCAGCCCCUUCCCAGGCUGAGCAUCGGGCGGAAGACCCUGGUGGCUGCUGCUGUGGGGGUCAUGCUGGUCCUGGUGCUGGUGGUCCUCAUCCCUGUGCUGGUCAGCUCUGUUGGCACAGGUGGUACAGAUGACAGCACAAGCCACUAUGAGAUGCUGGGUACCUGUCGCAUGGUGUGUGACCCCUUCCCCGGCACAGGCACCGCGGGCACAGGCUUGCACACAGGGACAGACACAGCGACCACAGGCUUCCUGGGGGACAACGAGGGAGAUUUAAACGAUCACAGCAUCGGUCCACCGCUGCCUACGUACAGCGCUCAUGGUUCACAUGGUAAACAAGGACGUCCAGGCAAGCCUGGACCCCCGGGACCUCCAGGAGAGCCAGGUCCACCAGGACCAAGGGGACCACCGGGAGAUGGUGUGGACAUAGUUCGGACAGGGAUUUUAGGGGCAGUUAGCACGACCACCUACAACACCACCCCCCGGGUGGCAUUCUAUGCCGGACUUCGAAACCCUCAGGAAGGUUAUGACAUACUGCGCUUUGAUGAUGUGGUAACUAAUAUUGGUGGUAACUAUGAGGGUUCAACGGGCAAGUUCACUUGUAAGAUCCCUGGCACCUACUUUUUCAUCUACAAUGUGCUGAUGAGAGGAGGAGAUGGUACCAGCAUGUGGGCUGACCUGAUCAAAAAUGGUCUGGUCAGGGCCAGCGCCAUUGCCCAAGACCAAGACCAGAGUUAUGACUACGCCAGCAACAGUGUCAUACUUCAUUUGGAUGCAGGCGAUGAGGUUUUCAUCAAAUUGGAUGGGGGCAAGGCUCAUGGAGGGUGCUCGGUUUUGAUGGUGACCUCAGCUGAACAGCCCAUCCGACAGGACACUGUCAAGAAGGUGUUUAAUUUGUGA